UUCCAGUAGGAGAGCCAGAUAACGAGAGAGCGAGAAACUCAUUGACCGUAAUACACCUCGUGCGUGCGUGUCUAGAGAGACGCCGCCGGUAAAUCGCUUGGGCCCCGCUGGUUUCUGGUUUUGUAGCAAAUCCCGCGGUACAACUAAAAGAACAGGAUGGUCAGCAGCAGCAGCAGCAGCAGCAAGUGCUCCUACACAGUGGGGCUGGUGUGCCUGAGCGCGGUCGGGUUCCUGUUGUCGUUGUACACCUCGUACGUGGAAUUGCGGGCCGAGCAGGACCGGAACUAUCGGGCAAUGUGUGACAUCAGCGAGCGGAUCAGCUGUACCAAGGUGUUCACCUCCAGCUAUGGUCGCGGUUUUGGCAUCAUGGGGAAGGUGUUCGGUCCCGCGUCUCCGCUCAAUGUACCGAACGGGUUCUACGGCAUUUUCUUCUACUUCGUGGUGGCCGGCCUGAGCUUCAGUGAUAACGUGCGCGUUGCACGGCUCAACAGCUACCUGAUCCUGCUGGCGAACGGAUUGUCGCUGUACCUUGCCUACCUGCUGUACUUCGUGCUGGAGGACCUAUGUCUGGUGUGUGUCAGCACGUACGCCAUCAACCUGAUCAGCCUGAUACUGGCGCUGCAGAAGAUCCAGCUCCUGGUGCGCGAGGAGCAGGUGAUGCGCGCGAUGGCCAGCACCAGCACCGGAAAGUACGACUAGCGCGACCGUCGACAGUAGCGUAAUUAGAUUCUAGUUAAUAUAGUUCCCUUCCAGUUCGGCCCGUGCCCGUUCUGUUAGCGCGGCUGCCGUUGUUUGCCCACCAUGUUAUUGUUCUCCGUUGUGAUGCCAAACCUGAAGCAACCACGAUUGAUCGUUUUUGUGCAAAUCGAAUCGCCUAUCGUUGCUUAAUUAUAAUAAAGCACAAAAGAACAG